AUGGAAAAUGAACCCACAACCCCCAACUCCCCCCACAGCAUCAGCUGGCUCUCCGAACGAACGCUCUCAAUUUCCACCACAUCAACCACAACCCUAGCAGACCCUCUAACCCCAAUGAGCAUCUCCUCAAGCGUUUCAAGCGUAUGCCUAAGCGUCUCCUCAAGCAUAGACCUCACCGACUCCCCAUUCCCAAUCGAAUACCCCAAAAUCCCCUUCCACAAGAGUCCAAACUUCCACCCCCAUUUUUUGCCCCUCCUGCGUCACCUGUCCGCUAAACUAUGGCCCCUCGUCAAUAGCGAAACAGGCCUUCACCACCCGGACUUCCCACCAAAUAUGCUGGCCUACAACCUUCUGACCUCGGACCAGGUCAAUAACCUCGCCCGUAAUUUCCAUCAGGUCUACCCACCUGUUACCGCUACGUUUAAUUAUCCUGUUUAUAUUAAACCAUGGAUUGGAACGGAGGAAGAGGAGACUAUUGGUCUACCUACAAGGGUGAAAAGGAUGGGGAGAUUUUUUGGGCUUAGGGGGUGUGAGGAGGAGGACGUGGAUAUGGAUAUGGAUGAGGAUAUUGAACAAGAACAAGAAUAUGACCAUGGGAAUGAGGAGAUGAGUGAGAGUGAAGCUGAGGUAUUACGCCAGAUGGAGAUGGAGUGGCAGCAGGCAUUGCAGAGGGCAUAUACUGAGGAGUCGCAUCGGUGGAAUUUGAAGUGA